UCCCCCCUCCACUCCCCGCUGUGCUUAGGUGAAGUUGAUGGAGACGAGCGAGUUGACCGUGGUAGCUGGCAGCUUUGUGGGUUUCCAGCUUCUCUUCUCAGUGGCCAGCCCGCCGCUCUCCUCCGCCAUCACCCCAGGUUACGGACGGCUGCCUCCCACCCAGCUCACUGAAUGGAACUCCAGGUUGGUGUCUACAGUGCACGCCUUGAUUGUGGGCUUGUUCUGUUUGUACAUCCUGUGGUACGACGACGCAGUCAACGCCAAUCCUGUCUGGGGUGACCCCAGUCUUGUCAAACUAAAUGUAGCCAUAACCUGUGGUUACCUCCUAUACGACCUCGUGCUGCUAGCGUGUAACUGGAGCAAUGGGGACAGCUUUUUCGUCUGCCACCACUUGGCGGCGCUCUAUGCUUAUGGAUAUGUUUUGACCCGUGGCGUCCUUCCCUACUUUGCCAAUUUUCGUCUCAUUUCAGAGCUAUCCACACCGUUUGUGAACCAAAGGUGGUUCUUCGAGGCAUUGAAGUACCCCCGCUCACACCGGUUGGUGGUGUUAAACGGUGUUGCCAUGGCUGUGGUGUUCUUCCUGGUGCGCAUUGCAGUCAUGCCAUCCUACUGGGCCAGUGUAUUUGCCACUUUCGGCACUCCAGAGUUUGAGCGGCUAGGCUUGGGUGCCCAGGUGGCAUGGAUCACCUCCUGCAUUGCCCUGGAUGUCUUGAACACUAUCUGGAUGUAUAAAAUCACCCGGGGCUGCUACAAGGUCCUGACUGGGAGAGGAGGGCGAAAGGUCAAGGUAGAAGCAGAGGCAGCAUCUUCCUCAGACAAGAAGCACACCAACAAUCAUACAGACUGAGGAGAUGUAGAGCAGAGGAUAUGUAGACACAAACAUAAGCAUGGAAGGAGGCUGGACACCCAGGAACCUCAAAGCCUCUUUUGCAAAAGCCUCAGCGUCCCUCUCACCCUCAAUCUCAGCCUCUGAUCUUCUUAAAGUCAGCUAGUGGCCUGGGCUAAGAGUCCUCAGGUUCUCACCCUGACACGGGACAAGCACCAGCGUUCGCAACCUUUUUCACUGACAGAUUAGUAUCCUGCUGGGUGAUAGCUUUCAGACAGCAAGGUAGAGCUCAAAAGCACACUUUUAACUCCGUCUGUUGCUUCUGUCGCUACCACCAGUCCUCUCUCAUCUCCCCCACAGUCUGCUCUCACACUCAACUUCAGCCAAAGCCCAAUCUUCUGAAGUGCCUGUGGGGGGGAGGGGGGUAGAGAGGAAAAAAAAAAAAAAACAGGAAAGCAAUAACAGUGGAGGAGUACAUCACCCAUUCUAAAAGAGCUUAGCCCCUUCAAAACAACAAGCAUCUCACUCACACUUACAACUAGAGGCUUCCUCUCGUCUUCAUUCUCCGUCCACACUCGUGGCUUGCAGAGUGACAAACUCUCACAUCAGACCCAUACAGUGUGAAUCUAUAGGGCUCUUGUCUUAAACUCAUCAAACCUCACAAAAAAGAGAGAGAGACAGGAAAAACACCAUAAAUGCCUCUUCUACAGUAUCACCUGCUGUGGCCUCCUUGUAACAAGUGGCACCUACGUGUAUCACCAGCCAUGCCCCUCCAACCUCUUUAUCAUUUGGAGUUUCUGUGUAAAAUGCUAAGAAUAUGCAUGCAGGAGAGAGAAACUCACUCUUUCACAUUUAGCUCCUCACGGGACAAUUUAGCCUUUUCAGUAUUCUUUGUUAUGGCUUUUUUCUUUUUUUUUUUUUAAUUUAAAACUUGUCAUUAGCAGUUAAAGGAAUACCAUAUUCAUUGCAACCCUCUGCCUCACUGGGUAGGGCUCCACUAUUGAGCUCCAGCAUUUUUGUUCUACCUCUCCCCCUGCCUUACAAAGAGUCUGUCGAUCCCUUCCUCAUGAAUUACUCAGCUGUUUAUUUUCUUUCCCUAGUUAAAAAAAAAAAAAUCCUUCAAGACAUGUCCUGUCUCAACAUUACUGGCUCUAAGGGACUUCUCCCUCUGUCUUCAGAGCUUAUCCCAGCCAAUGCAGUGCAGCAUCACUUUGCUCGCAAACUGCAUCCAGUCACAGUAUUUUUCUAGUGGGACACCCCCUUAAGCUUCUCCUGCUUAUCCGCUCUGUUUUCAGUGACUCUAAUAGUGGAAGGGAGUCAGAAGACUCACACAUGUUCACUUGUUUGCACAUGCACUGCAUAGCGUGCAGUCUAUACACUGUAUUCGGUGCCCUUUUUAAACACCAUGGUGGUGCUUGUCCUUUUGCAGAAUCUGAGCAAUAGGAACGGUAGCAAUAUACUUUUUUUUUUUUUUUUCUCCCCUCAAAAUUCUGUCAGAUAAGGAAAUUCAUUCAGAUGUACCCGUCUGUGAGAACAGAAAGUAAUGUGGCAAUCUGCAUGAUUUAUUUUUCUCUAUAAAACAUAUCCUCACUGUUGAGCAUGGUAAGAGUGACAUAUUUCUGUAAUGCCUUAGUGAAUAGGUAAAUAGAUGACUAACAUCUAAAUAUUAAAUGCAUUAAUCUAAUGCUAAAGAGGGUGGGGGGAGGGGGGUGUCUUCCAAAAUGUUUUCCUCUCAGAGCAUACUCAAAGCAUGUACUUCUUGUAUUUUUGAUUGUUUCUCCACUACCUGCAUGUCUGUACAGUGUAUACACAUACAGUAGGUAAGUUGUGCGUACUGUAUGGCUAAGUCAUUAGGUGUUUCCACACUUUCUGUAGGCCAGUUGGCAUUACUUGGUUUUACUAAUUCAUCAGUUCUUCUGUCAGCAGACUCUAACAGCUGAUUUCAUGACAGACAGAAACGCAGCAGAUGUUUCAGAUUUUGGAUUUUAAUUUUUUUUUUUUUUUUUUAAUUGAAACUAGAAAUGACAGGUUUGUACUUUGCCUGCGUGUUUACUCAUGUUUCUUCUUUGCUUAAAAGAGCAAUCCACCAGUUUAGCAUAGCAUAUUUAGCAUUGUUGGACUUAUGCUGGGCAGUUUGAGAUGACACGGUAACCAGAUUUGCCUGAAAUCUGCGCAAAAAAAAGUUUCCAUAUUUGUACAGUAGAUAAAAGUACAGUCAACCUCAAGUGGGUACAUGGAUCCAACAGAAGAGGCCUGAUUAAAAGAUCAGCAAACAAGUUAAUACUGUAAUCUGCAACAAAAGUACAGCAUUUGUGUGUUCAUUUGAGGACUUAGUUUCUUUAUCACUCUACACACACACUUCAGUGGAGCCCUUCCUACCCACCAUGUAACAGGCAGCUGCCAGUCUCAGCCAGAGAUGAGGACUGAGCUACAGUUAUAAGCACACCUGUUUCUAACUCCACACCCCCAGUUUUCUCUGUCUGGCUCAUUUUAGCCUCAGCUAACCCUACCUCGUGUGACAUCACCAGUCCCCCCCC